GAGAUGAGUCUCAAUUGCUCUUUGUGGCCGGAGAAUAGCUUGUCUGUCAAGCGUUUUGCGUUUGCUAAGUUCUCCGAGGUUGGAGGACAGUGCAUCCUCCUGUUCAGCCUCAUCCUGCUCAUGUUCUUGGCAUCGCUGACGGGCAACGCUCUCAUUGCCCUGGCCAUCUGCACCAACCCAGCCCUCCACACUCCCAUGUACUUCUUCCUGGCCAACCUGUCUCUCCUAGAGAUCGGCUACACGUGCUCUGUCGUACCCAAGAUGCUGCAGAGCCUUGUGAGUGAGGCCCGAGGGAUCUCUCGGGAGGGGUGCGCCACCCAGAUGUUUUUCUUCACGUUAUUUGCCAUCAGUGAGUGCUGCCUGUUGGCAGCCAUGGCUUUUGACCGCUAUAUGGCCAUAUGCUCCCCACUCCACUAUGCAACGCGGAUGAGCCGUGGGCUGUGUGCCCAUCUGGCCAUGCUGUCUUGGGGAAUAGGGUGCAUGGUAGGCUUGGGACAGACCAACUAUAUUUUCUCCUUGGACUUCUGUGGUCCCUGUGAGAUAAACCAUUUCUUCUGCGACCUCCCCCCUAUCCUGGCGCUGGCCUGCGGGGACACAUCGCGUAACGAGGCUGCAGUCUUUGUGGUGGCAGUCCUGUGCAUUUCCAGCCCAUUUUUACUCAUCAUUGCUUCCUACGGCAGAAUUCUAGCUGCCGUGCUGGUAAUGCCCUCAACCGAAGGUCGACACAAGGCUCUCUCCACCUGCUCGUCCCACCUUCUUGUUGUGACACUCUUCUACGGCUCAGGAUCUGUCACCUACUUGAGACCCAAGGCUAGCCACUCGCCAGGAGUGGACAAGCUCCUGGCUCUCUUCUACACAGUGGUGACAUCCAUGCUCAACCCAAUCAUCUACAGUCUACGGAACAAGGAAGUCAAGGUGGCUCUGAGGAGAACUCUGGGCAAGAGAAAAGUUCUCACAAUGGAGAGAUAA